AUGAAAAUAUUCACUUCAAUCUGCAAAGCCCUCCGCAAUUCCUCCACCAAACCGCGCCCCACCAGCACCGCCCCGGCGUCUCUCCUCCGCCGCAUGAGCAAUGUCCCCGAGAACACCGUCUACGGCGGCCCGAAGCCCCAGAACCACACCCAGCGCGUGACGCUCACCCACCUCCGGCAGAAGCACAGGAAGGGCGAGCCCAUCUCCAUGGUCACGGCCUACGACUACCCGGCGGCCGUGCACCUGGACACCGCCGGCAUCGACAUCUGCUUGGUCGGCGACUCGGCAUCCAUGGUGGUCCACGGCCACGACACCACACUGCCCAUCACGCUGGAGGAGAUGCUCGUCCACUGCCGCGCGGUGGCGCGUGGGGCCAAGCGCCCGAUGCUCGUUGGGGACCUGCCGUUCGGGACCUACGAGUCCAGCACGCAUCAGGCUCUCGUUGAGUACCAAAAAGAAGUCACAGACGGAACUUUUCCGGGCCCGGCCCACAGCCCAUAUAAAAUCAGCAAAGCUGACACGGACGGGUUUUUGCAGGCACUGGAGAAAAUGGGUUUGGGUGAUGCUGCAGUAGCAGCAGCAGAUGCAGCUGAAAAUUUUGAAGCCACAGAAAAAUGA